AAUAAACGCGUCGAAACAGAGUUUUUAGAUUCAUAACUGUUAUGAUUUGAUAAAAUCAAGGAGGGAUUUUUUUUGUUCAAGAUUAUUGACUCCGUGAUUUCCUUUUGAUCCAUAACCAAUUACGAAAUUUUACACUUUACACAAGACUUUACUUGUUGGAAAGUUCUAUAAUGAUUAAUAUUUCUAAGAAAUUGAACGAAUUCGAGAAUCAAUCAACACCUGAUUUGAAUAACAAUAUUGUACCACCAACACUGCCAUCACCAAAGAAUCACAAACAACAACAACAACAACAACAGAAACCCAAACAACAACCAAAAAGAAACGCAGAGAUGACAGUGAACAGUGCAGAGAACGGACAUGCAACAACAGUUAAAGUUGGGAAGGAGGCUGUUGCUGGGUUAGCCAAUGAAAAAGCUUUGUUAGAGCUGAUGGAAAGAACUGGAUACCCAAUCACACAAAAUAAUGGUCAACGUAAAUUUGGUCCACCACCUAAUAUGACAGGCGUAGCUCCAUCAAGAGGGUGCGAAGUGUUUGUUGGAAAGCUUCCACGUGACUGCUACGAGGAUGAGCUCGUCCCUGUUUUCGAAAAAGCUGGAAAAAUUUACGAGUUACGGCUGAUGAUGGAUUAUAACGGUCAAAACCGUGGUUACGCUUUUGUAGUUUACUGCGCAAAGCGAGAUGCACAAAAAUGCGUCAGAACGAUAAACAACUAUGAAAUCAGAAAAGGACGACUACUUGGGGUAUGCCAAUCAGUUGAUAACUGUCGACUUUUCAUCGGUGGAAUUCCAAAGAAAGUGAAGAAAGAAGAAAUUUUGGAAGAGAUUUCUAAAGUCACUGACAAUGUCAUUGAUGUGAUUGUUUACCCAUCAGCAACAGAUAAAACAAAGAAUCGUGGUUUUGCAUUUGUAGAAUAUGACCAUCACCGAGCAGCUGCAAUGGCAAGAAGAAAACUCAUGAAUGGAAAGAUUCAACUGUGGGGACAUCCAAUUGCAGUGGACUGGGCUGAACCUGAGCAAGAAGUUGACGAGGAAAUAAUGGAUCAGGUGAAAGUUUUAUACGUUCGGAACCUUCAACUCAGCACAACAGAGGAAACCAUUGAAAAUCUGUUCAAGAAAUUUGCAGAAGUUGAUCGCGUAAAGAAAAUUAAAGAUUACUGUUUUGUGCAUUUUUCUACACGAGACGGUGCCCGACAUGCAUUGGAACAAAUGCAAGGAGAAAGUAUUGAUGGAGCUGAUGUGGAAGUCACACUUGCGAAACCAGUUGAUAAAGAACAUUACAGGCAACAAAGAGCAGUUGCUAAACUGAUGCAGAUGGCGAAUCAGUAUCCACAAUUCCCUGUUCCUCCCGAACUUACACAAUUUAAUGGCAUGCAUCCAUCAUUUAAUCACAUGCCUGGUCUUGUUUACCCACCGCCAUUUCUACCUGGAGGGGGCCAAGUAGGAGGAGUUCGACCAAUCGCUCGUGGUAGAGGUAGAACAGCAGCAGGUUCUAGAUCAGCUGGAGGAAGAGCGUAUGUUCUAAAUGGUUUCCUGCCAUCUCUUCAUCCUCUUCUACAAGCUUCAAUUGGUGGAGGAAAUAACCUGUCACAAGUAAGAUGCUGUGAACAUAUGUAUGAUAUCCUACCAGGAAUGGACCUUUCUCCGACCAAUCCAUUGACAUUGAAACCACAAUCGAGCAGGUCGCCCCAGCAACUUCUUGAGGAAAUCUGCCAAAAGAACAAUUGGGGGACACCAAUUUAUACUUUACACAGCACAGUCACUAACGACGGACAGUUAUUCCUGUACAAGGUUACAAUCCCACCAUUAGGACACACAUAUCAACCACAGAAACUCUGUCGAAGUUUAGAUGAAGCGAAACACUUUGCAGCAGAAUAUACGUUAUCACAAGUUGGUACUGAUGCUAACAAUUCACCUCAACUUUCCCCUGCACCUUAUCCUGUUCGUGUGCCAGCAGCUGCCAUGAAUGGGCGUGGUAACAAUGAUGGUGGAAACUAUCCAGGAUACAUUAUAUGGCGUUAGACUUGUAAUGCACCCACAUCCAAAAACGUGCUUUACUAUUUUCUGAGUAAAUAUUGGGUAUAGUGCAUUAUGGGUGUACUCCUUACGAGUGCAUUAUGGGUAAAACUUAAAUAUUGUGCAUGUAAUAUUGGUAUUAAACAUUUUGGUUAGCAAUUUAAAAACGCAUUAUUCUUUUGUGCGAUGUUUGGUUGUCUAAAAUCAACUUCAGUGAUUUUUGUAAUAUCUAUUCCAAAAAUAAGGUUUAUCGUUUUUUUAAAAUAUUUUAAACGAAAAACUGAGGCGAGUUUUCAAACUUGUAUUUUUCGAAUACCAUCGAAUUUUUUCGUGUUGUUUUUUAGUUCAAAUAUAGUAAUAUUUAGUUAUAUAUUUUGUUCGCUUUUUAUUUGUUUAUUUUUUUCCUCAUAUUUAGGUUUUAUGACUUUCCCUUUUGUAACUCGAUAUUCGAGUAUAUUAUUUUUCGUAAAAAGAGGGAGUUUUUUUGGUUUAAGAUAUUUUUUUAACUUUUAGAAAAAAAUAGUAGCAGAUAUAGACAUAUAAAUAUAUACUGACUUUUACUACUCUAGAAAAGAAUGGUUUCUAUAUAGUCGAAUACUAUCAUAUAUCGCAUUUCUAUAUAUUUCUAAGCAAUAUGUAGAAACCAUUCUUUUUAAGUCAUUAAUGUUUUGUUUGCUGCUCAUAAAAGGUUGUACAUUUUUGUUUUUUGUUUUAUUCUCUUGAAAUGUUAUAUAUAAAAGUACUUGAUAUAAACAUUACAUCAAACAAUCAAUUUACAGGCAUACAUUCCAAAGUGACGUCAUACCAUAUAGAUUCGAUAUAAUUGAGAUAAUUUCGCCUCCUUUUCAUAUGACGUCAUGUGACAUGCAUGCCUGAAUAAUAGUUGAUUUAUCACGUGAUCAAAAUGUAUACCAUCGAUAUGGAAUAUUUAUAUGGUGGCUUUUACCAACAAUGUACAAAAACGGAAUAUUAGUAUAGAUUAAA